AUGUUCUUCUGCCAACUCGGCAUUACUGAGCGACUUUCUUGUUUUUUUACGUUCAUUAGGAGAUUCUCCACCUUCAAAAUGAAAGGCUCUCGAAAAGGCGCUAAACUGACCGAUCUUGAGGCUCUUUGCGGCGCAGUUAACUGGCAGCCGAAUGACUGGUUUUCUACAUUGGAAAAUAUACAACACAUGCGUAAAGGUGAAGACGCCCCAGUAGACAAAAUGGGUUGUGAUAUGCUUGCCAACAAACAAGCUGAUCCCAAGACCUAUCGAUUGCAAGUUCUCCUAGGUCUAAUGCUCUCUUCUCAGACAAAAGAUGAGUUAACAUCCAGUACAAUGACUAAAUUGAUUGAAAACAACGUCGCCAAUGUGAAAGCCCUAAAGGACAUUCACGAAUCCGAUUUGGCAGAUAUGCUCCAUCCCGUCUCCUUUUAUCGAACCAAGGCAAAGAACAUUAAGAAGGUGGCUAAGAUUCUUGAUGAAAACUUUAAUGGUGAUAUUCCCCGAUCUGUGAAAGAACUCAUGAGCCUACCGGGUGUGGGACCGAAAAUGGCUCAUUUAGCCAUGAAGGUUGCCUGGGAUGAAAUAACCGGCAUCGGGGUUGACACUCAUGUUCAUCGAAUCGCAAAUCGGCUCCACUGGGUUCCUCAACCCACCAAAAGUCCAGAAGAAACGCGGAUAUACCUGGAAAGCUGGCUUCCUCGCGAUAUUUGGGCAGAUGUUAACAAACUCCUCGUGGGUUUCGGACAGCAGACAUGCCUUCCUGGACGGCCGAAAUGUGAGUCGUGCCGAAAUGCACCAAUCUGUCCCACCGCCCCCAGAUACCUAGCCUCCAAGACGAGUAAAGCAAUCUCAGUUAAAGGUGCUUCAGAUGGUAGUAAGCGUUCAGCCACAUCUCCUAUUGAAAUUAUUGACGAAUCCGAGGACAACAACAAUGGUGACGAUGAAUCCGUAAUGAUUAUGUAUGAAAAAAUAAAACGAAGAAGUAGAUAG